GAGAAUUUGUAUUGGACAUAUGUUGCAUCCGGCUCCGCGACCUUUGGGUGUGUGUAUAUACAGGCUACUACAUCUGUCAAAUUAAUUCUCUCCAUCCCUCCGAAUCUUGUUCCUCCGACCAUCACCGAAUUCAUGAUCUCCUCCUGUUAAUAGAUCACAUCAACUUCAGAUCUUGUUCAAUCCUUCAUCAUCUCAGGUACAUUUUCAAUUUCACUUUUACAAUCUUGCAUUUGAUUUGGGUCUUCAACAAUUCUGUAGCUCAAUUUUGUUGCCAACAAUUUAUUACUGAUCAAACAAUACGCAAUAAUGAAUUCAAAUUACGGAAAGAAUGGUAUGAACAGCUUUGAUUUCGAUCUGGGUAUUGGAUCAAAUCGUCCUAAAUCACUAAAUGAUCAGAAAAACAAACCCAAUUCAUCUUAUUCAUAUAUGUCAUCUGCAAAUUCUUCGUUUACGCAAUCUAAACCCGGAACCACAAUGCCGUCAUGGCAGCCUGGAAAGCCUUCAUGGACUCAUCAACCCGCACCGAGUAACACCGGGGUUGCUCGGUCCGAGUUGGGUGGUCCAAGUUCAAUGGUGGGGGAUAUAUUUGGGAAGAGUUGGAACUCUCCUGCACCUGCUGCCACUGGGCAGAGUGUUAACAUUGGGGUUGUGAAUAAGAACCCUAAUUUGUUUGGAGAUUUGGUGGGUGCUGCCUUGGGGCAGAACAAAAGUAGUAGUAAUGUUCCUUUGAAGAGUGCUGCUCCUGUUAAGAGCUCGUUUUCGAUGGGGGGCAUGGCAGAUUCGUUGCCAAAAACGAAUAAUGGUAGUGUAGGGAAGAAUGGUGGUGGUGUCGGUGGUGCUGGUUUGGGUUCUUCCUCCCAGGGCUUUGGAAGUUUUGGAGGUGCAACCAAUAGUGGUAAUAGUGUUUAUGGGAAUACUGGUGUGAACAAGAGCUCGGGUAUCGGUGGUGCUUCGGUAAGGGGUGGGGGUGGUGGGAUUGGAAUGGGAACGAAUUCGAAUAAAGACCCAUUUGGUUCUUUGGUUGAUUUUUCGUCGAAGCCAAUGGGUGGUGGUAGUCUUAAUGCGUCUUCUAAAGCUACUGCUUCUUCCUCUUCAGAGGAUUUUGGUUUUGGGGAUUUCCAAAAUGCGUCGAAAUCAAAUACAUCUGCGUUCCCGUCUGGAAACAGCAACUCCUGGGGAUCUAAUUCAGGUUCAAUUCCACAAAUGGAUAGUUUUGCCCCUCAGAAGAAUCCUGCACCUGUACAAUCUAGUGGCGAUUCAUUUGACAUGUUUUUUUCACCAUCAGUCACUUCCGGUUUUAGUGGUGGUGCUGCAGCACCAGAUAAUGCUCCUAGUGGACAAGAGUUUUCAGGUGGGGAUGAUUGGGGUUUUGCCUCAGAUUAUGAUGGAGGACAUGAUGGGAGCAGUAUUACUGAGAUUGAAGGGCUUCCGCCGCCUCCUGUUGGUGUUUCAGCUUCUACUGCAAAGUCUAAAGGCCUGGAUAACUAUAAACAGGGGCAGUUUGCUGAUGCGAUUAAGUGGCUUUCUUGGGCUGAAAUUCUUCAAGAGAAAGCUGGUGAGGCUUCUGGAACUGUGGAGGUCUUGACUUGUAGGGCUUCAUGCUACAAGGAAGUUGGGGAGUACAAGAAGGCUGUUGCUGAUUGUACCAAGGUCCUGGAUCGUGACGGAGAAAAUGUUUCUGUGCUGGUACAACGUGCACUCCUUUACGAGAGCAUGGAGAAAUAUAGGCUUGGAGCAGAUGACCUUAGAACUGUUAUGAAACUUGAUCCAUCAAACAGGGUUGCAAGAAGUACCAUCCAUCGUUUGAACAAAUUGGCUGAUUAGAGAAGUGUUACAGAUUUUAUAGCUUACUCAUUUGGUAGUAAGUUUUUAUACCUAUAUGUUCAUAGGGUUGUGACUAUAAUGUGCUAUCCCCAAGGGGUGUAAUACAUCAAAAAUGUCGCCCAGCAAUGCAUAACUUGCCUGGAUCAGUUUCACGUGUAUAAUACUGUGAUUUGCUGUAUUGUUCAGUUGUUUUUCGUUUUGUUGCAGCUUCAUUUCUUUGUGGGUUUGUACUUCCUCAUACUGUUCAGAUGUUAACUGAUAAGAGUAAUUUUGCUUACUACAUUGAUAUUUACAUUCAGAUUUAUAUUCUCUA